UGUACAACAUCACCACUUGAGGUCGCCAAAUCCUCUUUAUGAUAUACUUCAAGAGCAUGCCGGAUGUUUGACGAUUGAGCCAAAUGACGACUAUGUUCACCAUGGCCAUGCGGCGGCCGCAACAUUAGGUCCUGCAAGAAAGUAGGCGACAAGUGAUGACCGUGUUGCCAACGCAACAUUCCCAGAAGGACACGGACAAACAGGCAGGCAGGCAGGCAGGCAGGCAGGCAGCAUCAGCAUCCCUUUCCCCCUGCGGCUUUGCAUGUACUCAUCUUAAAAUCGGACUCCAAAUUUGGCACUUCCCAAUGCCGAUUUAGUUGAUGUGUUGUCAUCAUCGUCGCUGUCAAGAUGCCCGUGAGACGCGGUCACGUCGCCCUCCAGAACACUUACCUUGAUACCAUCAUCAGGAAAUUCGACGAGCAAAACCGCAAGUUUGUCAUCGCCAACGCACAGACAAAGAACUGCGGAAUCAUCUUCUGCAACGAGGCCUUCUGUCAGAUGUUCGGCUUCACGCGGGCUGAGAUCAUGCAGCAGCCUUGCACCUGCCAGUUCCUGGUCGGGCCCGGCACCAUGAAGAGCGCCCUGGCCCAGCUCGCUCAGGCCCUGCUCGGAUCGGAGGAGCGCAAGGUGGAAAUCCUCUACUACGCCAAGGAAGGCACAUGCAGGCCGUGCACGGUGGACAUCGUUCCAGUGAAGAACGAGGAAGGCGAUGUCAUCAUGUUCAUCCUGGACUUCCAGGAACUGGUCGACCCGACGCUCAAGAAGUCGUCGGCAUUCAGGCAGCGAGUCAGUCAAGGCUGGCUUUACUGUCAGAAUCGCAGGUUGAAAAUGCGCCUGCCGGUCUUACGCUCCAUGCGGCGGCAGUCUCUCUCCAAAGAUCAGUUUGAAGGUGUAGUGGUGGACUACUUGCAGCAGCCCGACAGUGAGGAAGUGCCCCUGAAGGAUUUGCGCAUACCAUCUAAGGAGAGCUGCAUGCAGUCCGAGACCGAGGCCCUGAUAGAGCAAGACCUGGAUCCUCCCUCUCCCGCCGCCCAGUCCUCCGCAAAGCGCCGUUCCCUGCUGACGGAGCGCUUGGACCCAGGCAGGGGGACCUUAUCUCGAAGCAGCUCGCGCGAAAGCGUCCGCAGCCUGCGACGAGCCUCGUCUCUGGACAACAUCGACGGCAUGAAAGCGGAGCGGAGCGCUCGGCCCGGAGAAGUCCGGACGAACAGCAGUCUGAGGCCGAGCGUUGCCAACUCCACCUCAGACUCGGAUCUAAUGAGGCACCGGGCCAUCGGGCGCAUCCCGCAGGUGACGCUCACCUUCGGCUCGGAGCGCGUCCGACCGCCGUCCCCCGGCGAAAUCGAGAUCAUCGCGCCCAGCAAAGUCAAAGACAGAACACAGAAUGUCACAGAAAAGGUGACGCAGGUGACACAGGUGCUGUCGCUCGGCGCCGACGUGCUUCCCGAAUACAAGCUGCAGGCUCCGCGCAUCCACCGCUGGACCAUCCUGCACUACAGCCCCUUCAAGGCCAUGUGGGACUGGCUCAUUCUGCUGCUGGUCAUCUACACGGCCAUCUUCACGCCCUACUCGGCCGCCUUCCUCCUCAACGAGGUGGAGGAGGACCGGCGGCGGACGUGCGGCUACACCUGCAACCCUCUCAACGUGGUGGACCUGGUGGUGGACGUCAUGUUCAUCGUGGACAUCCUCAUCAACUUCCGGACCACCUACGUGAACCACAACGACGAAGUGGUCAGCCACCCGGGCCGCAUCGCCCAGCACUACUUCAAGGGAUGGUUCCUCAUCGACAUCGUGGCCGCCAUCCCCUUUGACCUGCUCAUCUUCCGCUCCGGCUCGGAGGAGCCGCAGACGACCACGCUGAUCGGCCUGCUGAAGACGGCCCGCCUGCUGCGUUUGGUGCGGGUGGCCCGCAAGCUGGACCGCUACUCUGAAUACGGCGCCGCCGUGCUCUUCCUGCUCAUGUGCACCUUCGCCUUGAUCGCCCACUGGCUGGCGUGCAUCUGGUACGCCAUCGGCAACGUGGAGCGCACCAGCUCGGUCCGCGUGGGCGUCAUGAAGAUCGGCUGGCUGGACAACCUGGCCGAGCAGAUCGGCAAGCGCUACAACGACAGCGACGCGGCCUCGGGGCCGUCCAUCAAGGACAAGUACGUCACGGCGCUCUACUUCACCUUCAGCAGCCUGACCAGCGUGGGCUUCGGAAACGUCUCGCCCAACACCAACCCGGAAAAGAUCUUCUCCAUCUGCGUCAUGCUCAUCGGAUCUCUGAUGUACGCCAGCAUCUUCGGCAACGUGUCGGCCAUCAUCCAGAGGCUCUACUCGGGCACGGCGCGCUACCACACGCAGAUGCUGCGGGUCAAAGAGUUCAUCCGCUUCCAUCAGAUCCCUGGCGCCUUGCGCCAGCGUCUGGAGGAGUAUUUCCAGCACGCCUGGUCCUACACCAACGGCAUCGACAUGAAUGCUGUGUUGAAGGGCUUCCCCGAGUGCCUGCAGGCGGACAUCUGCCUGCACCUGAACCGCACGCUGAUGCAGCAGUGCAAAGCCUUCCGAGGCGCCAACAAAGGUUGCCUGCGCGCCCUGGCCAUCCGCUUCAAGACCACCCACGCGCCGCCCGGCGACACCCUGGUGCAUAGCGGUGACAUUCUCACCGCCCUUUAUUUCAUCUCCAGCGGCUCCAUUGAGAUCUUGCGCGAUGACAUGGUGGUGGCCAUUCUGGGAAAGAACGACAUCUUCGGCGAGUCCGUCAGCAUGUACGGCAGGCCCGGCAAGUCCAGCGCCGAUGUGCGGGCCCUGACGUACUGCGACCUUCACAAGAUCCAGAGGGAUGACCUCAUGGAAGUUCUGGACAUGUACCCUGACUUUGCAGACACUUUCUGGCACAACCUGGAGAUCACCUUCAACCUGAGAGAUGCAGAUCGAAUAAACCUGCCAACCCCAAGCAAGGACUCUGAAUGUGGCUACCGCCGCAGCAGGCACCACAGAGGCUCCCCGCGACGCCGCGACAGACCAGAUGGGACGGACCGGGAGAAAACCUACCCCGAGCAGGCGUGUCCAAUGGGCAACCAUCACAGAAUGGCAACGCCGCGGUGGGACGAACAGUGCAGCAGCGAAACAUUUUCAAGCGAGUCCAGCGACGAGGAGAUGAAGCAUAUGAGGCGUAGCAGCAAGGGGGAGUUGUACCUCCCGCCGCCUGCAGGGGAUGCCAGAGACUACCCCUCGGCCGUCAUGAACCUCCUGCCCCGCAGCAGAGCCGCCCCUGCCCCUGGCUUAGCCAAGCCCGUAGAUCUUGCCGGGCCACCCUACUCAGCCGCUGUUCCGGUCAACAUGUCAGGACUUUACGGCUACUGGCCGGACCGCCGGGCCAGCCAGUAUUCCGAGGCCCAGAGACGCUCGUCGUCGGUGGCAGCCAGGACCGCUGGCUUCCAGCCUCUCUCCUGUUCUGAUGACCGGCCCAGCGAGCUCGGGUCAAGACUGGAAGUGUUGCAGACUCAGUUAAACCGGCUGGAGAGCCGAAUGACGGCGGACAUCACCGUCAUCUUGCAGCUCCUUCAGCGUCAGAUGGCGCCGGUGCCGCCCGCCUACAGCGCCGUAUCACCCAGCCCCUUGCCCCCCGCCGCCGCCGCCGCCCUGUACGGCGCCGUGCCACCGCCCACCCUCUGCACCGUCCCUCCCAUGAUGGACAGCGCCACUCUGCUGCUACAGAGUCCAGAGUCUGAAACCAAGUCCAAGGACUCGCUGUCCAGCAGGAUCCACGUGACGGCGGCCUCAGACGACACCGUGUCCCUGACGCCGCCCCAGCCUGAGGCCCCGGGGACGCUGGGCAGCGGCCAGCGCUUCCCGUCCCUCCCUGAGCACCUGGAGGUCUCUUCAGAAGCGCCGGAGAUCCAGAGGCACGUCUCGGAUCCGGUCCUGCCGGGGAGCCCCGCCAGCUAGAAGGUGAACCUCCACCUCUGGACUCUUGGACUCGUUCCUCAGCUUCCUUACCAAUUGGCAUCACAGACACACUGCGGAGGGAGAAAAACAACAACAACA